AUGGCUGCCGAAUACAAGAUCCAUCGACCCUUCACUCUGGCCGUGUUACCGCGCCCGCUUGACCACACCAGAGGCAACAUCUUUGCCAGAGAGGUCUAUGGCCAAAAGGAUGGCUCAAGGAAGAGAAAGAGAACGGAGCUCGUCGUGGGCAUAGAUGGAGAGAAUGCAAGCAUCUACGAUGUCCCGACAUCCCGGCAAAUUACUUCAUACCCGAUCCCUCCCCAAGAAUCCUUCACCUGCGCGCCGUACUCUGUCCGUAUCCGCACUGCCAGUUCCAGCGAUAUUUCCCGAUACACAUACGCAGUGAUGAGCAGCAAAGCGACACAAAAGAUCACACUAUUCAAGGACGUCGUCAGCGCCGACGGCAAAACUGUCUCUACAACAACCUCGCAGGCCUUGAAGAGCUCUCCCGUCAAAUACAUUACCUGCUCCUCCAUGCCGUCCCAACAGUCCUCUGUUGGUGAUGUGAUUCUAGUUUGCAAGUCUGGCGAGGUCAUUUCCCUCUCUAGCGAGACUCUCUCUACGAACUGGACCUCUUUUGCCAAGUCUCCCCUGCAAGAUACUGUUGCUACCAAGAUCAGCGAGCUUGAGAUUGAACACGUUACCUCUGGCAGCUUGAAUGAAUUUACGGAUGGACUGCUCAAGAACAAACCUGAAAUCUGUAGCGCGCUCCCCAAAUCAGUUGAGGCUGGGGAGCCGGAGCUACUGGCUCUCGUUACGAGAAGCCGCACUAAGAAACAAACACUUAGACAUCUGAUCGUUCUCGCGGCCAUGAGGGGCUCGGUAUCCGACAUCGACUUGGUGCCACUGGAAAUCUCGCCGAUCCCAUCCCACGACACUAAGGAGGCUGUGGCCCUGUCCCAGAUCGAUAUUCCGACCGCUACGCUGUUCCAGUUGCAGAACAGUUCCCUCACUAUUUUUGAUCUCUCUGGUGCAAUUCCAAAGCCCAAACUAACCCUCAAUACCGAAGCCGCUACGUCCUUUACCAAGCUAUCUCGACCUUUUGUUGUUUCGUCUUCCCUCGAGACAAUCACACUAUUCAACUACCAAUACGGAUCUAUUCACGCCAAAGUGAAACUGGAUCUUUCAGAACUACCAGUCGAGAGCCAACGGCCCCGGUCCUGCCAAUUCCUGAGCUACGUUCGCAGCCAAGAUAUCGCUGUGGCUCUAGUCGACAAUGUUCUGGUAUCCAUUCAUGUUGAGCCGCCCACCAGCCAUCGCAAGCGUCACCGGGAGGGCAUGUUGAUCGACUCCAUCGGCCGUGGUACUACCCUUGAGGCUACACCAAAGCGGGCGAAGCACUCCAAGUCUGCCGAAUUCUCUCGCUACAUUCCUGGCACUAUGACUGAGUCUUACAUGGCGGACCACAGAGCAGAGUUGUCCAAAGCGGACGAGCUGCUGUUGAAUAACGAACAGGAGAAAUGGGAGGAGUUGCUUCGCGAAAAGUUCCACGUGGCUCACUCUGGCAAAAUUGGUGCGGACUCGAAAGUGAGCGAGGAAGGCGGCGAGUGGUGUUGGCAUAAUGAUGGCAGUAAAUAUGCUGCUGUCGACAGGCGAUGGGUGAUUUAUGCUCUUGGCCAGGUCUUUUCUCUCGAGGCAAACAGCUCCGACGACAUGACCCAACACCUAAGACUGGUACUUCCCGACAGCAAUGUCACGACCUACUUGGUUGUCGCCGGCCACAUGACCAUGUCAAAUCUGCGAUCGACAUUUGUGGAAGAACUGAACGGGGUCGACGACAGGGAGAUCGCUACUGAUCUAAUCAGCUGCAUUACUGACGCAGAGCCGUCCAUGUCACUGCUGCUCAACUAUCUACAAGCGACCAAGCUGGGUGAAACGGAGCUGAUCUUGGCGAUCCGCGCGCUCAUGCUCAGCAUGGACCUUAUACCUGAUACGAGAAAGAUGAACAGCACGAAGCUCCUUACGCAACAGCCACACGAAUCUGGUGACAAAUAUGAGAUGGAUCUGGAUGACCUGGAACGCGAAAUUGCUCUGACGGAGCACUACCUGGGCGAUGAUUCUAGCAGUCGCUCGCGCGGUCUGACGCUUGCCUUUUCCAAACUCUGGCGUCAACCUGCUAUUACGACAGUCAAGGCCCUCCGUACUAGUGUGCGCACGGAAGAGAUACUCGCUUUCAUCUAUCUACUUCGUAUGGAGCUUGUCCGUGGAGCCUGGACCUCUCUUUACGUCGAUUCUACUGGCCCUGAUUCGGAGGGCAACGAAUCCCCUCCAGACGGUGUCAUCACACUCAUCGCCGAUCUUCUCGGGCGUUGUGUGGAUGCCAUUGGCUCCGGGGGCUGGCUGUUGAACGAUACCAUGGCAUGGGCGGACAAGUCGGAAACGGGCGACUUUUUGACGGCGCUCAAACUGGAGGUGACGGCUGCCCUGGAGGGCAUCGAGGAAGCUGUGCACAUCAACGGCGUGGUGAGCGAGGCGGUGCGGUACGGCCAAGCGGUGCAGAAGAGCGGGGUCGGGCGGCAGGUGUCGCGGACGGGCAGCAAGCCGAUGACGAUACAGUUGGAGAACCAGGAGGCGCGGAUGCUACCGCUGGGGCUCAAGGCGAAGAUGUUGCCAACGAAGGAGAAGAUCGUGUCCGGCGGCGAGGUUGUGCAACGCAGCGUGAGAGAGACGGGCCACCUCAUCAGUCAAAAGGUGGACGCGUAUUCGGUAGAGAAAUUGGCAAUUUAG